AAGGCACCUGAAUGCCCGGGGAGGGAGCAGCAAAGCCCGCUGGAAAACCGGCUUCCUUCUCCUAUGCUUCUUGCCACGAACACUCCCAAAGUGAGUGUGCGCUCCCACCCACCUCUCCUGCCAGCCCUGUGGCCCUGCUCCUGCAGCCACCCCGGUGGAGGCCUGAGGGUGGGCGAUGGGCACCCUCCCCAUGUGGCACCCAGCCGCUGGGAAUGUGACCUUCGGAAGCCCCAGCACCGGGAACGGGCCCCUCUCUGGCCCCUGGUACCGCGCCGUCAAGACUCAGCUCUUGGGAGUUUUACUGGCUGCUGCUGGAAAUUUUCUGAUUAGUGUGUCUUUGAAUAUACAGAAAUGCGCUCAUCUGCAGCUGGCUUGCCAGACAGAUCCAAAGCCCUACUACACAAGCAAGUUAUGGUGGUGUGGGAUUAUCCUCCUGGGGCUUGGAGAAGUGGGGAAUUUCACAGCCUACGGAUUUGCCCCUGCUGCUCUUGUCGCACCACUAGGAUGUGUAUCUGUCAUAGGUAGUGCAUUUAUUUCUGUCUUAUUCCUAAAGGAGACGAUGAAGGCUGCUGUUAUAUUGGGAGGAACGCUGGCAGUAGCAGGAACAUACUUGUUGGUGACUUUCACUCCAAAUGUACCCCAGGAACUCACAGCAAAGAAAGUACAGAAUUACUUAGUGAGCUGGCCUUUUGUGAUAUAUGUGAUCUUAGAAAUAAUCAUAUUCUGCAUUCUCCUCUAUUUUUACAAAAGAAAGGCUGUGAAGCACAUCGUAGUUUUGUUAAUGAUGGUAGCACUACUGGCAUCGUUGACUGUCAUUGCCGUAAAGGCUGUGGCUGGCAUGAUAACACACUCUAUGAAGGGUAAAAUGCAGCUUACUUAUCCUGUUUUCUAUAUCAUGUGCGUCUUAAUGGCAGCCACUUGUGCUUUCCAAGUCAAGUUCUUGAAGCAAGCAAUGGAGCUGUAUGAAGCGACAGCAGUUGUGCCUGUUAAUUUUGUGUUCUCCACAACCAGUGCCAUCAUUUCAGGGGUCAUAUUUUAUCAGGAAUUCCAAAGUGCAGCUUUGCUGAGUGUGUUCAUGUUUCUGUUCGGGUGUCUCCUUUCUUUCCUUGGUGUAUUUUUAAUUACAAGAAAUAGAAAAAAGGAACAUUUACAAAUUCCUUAUAUUGACUGUGGACAUAUUCCUGGAAAAAAUGUGACAGGCAAAAUACAGCCAGAUUCUCACCAUUUGUGCUACGGCACUUUGAAUAAUAAAGAUGACUUGGGGAAACUUCAAAGCUGAAAGAAGAAAGCACCUUACUUUCCAGUUAACAAGAGGAACGCCACUGGAACAGGGAUCAGGAGCACCUUUUCGUUGGACAUAUUCAAGCAUCUAUUGUAUUCCUGUAUGUCGAUGUGUCAUAGUAUUACUUAAUCCUACUUAAUUUAUCGCCUAGCUGUCCCAAGUGCAUUGUGAAGAUAAAGGAAGCUUGAAGAAGAACUAAAUAAGCAUUAAUGAAACUCGACAUUGUCCUGCUAUAGAUGUCUCUUAGUGACGAUUUGGAGCUAUUUUUAGUUUUAAUUGCCUAGAAAUGCAAAUAGGCACUAACAGGAUUUUUAAAAUUUGCUUCCGAAAACCCCCAGAUGUGCUUAGAUGCCUAAAGACAAAGAUGGGAAAUUAGGAGAAUUUUCAUAAGUGACUUAAAGUAUUCUGCUGUAUGUCUCAUACCUUUAAAAACCUGAUCCUUUCUGUUUAACAGUCAAAAACUGUGUGCAUGCUUACAGUAUACAUAAGCAUGUAUACACAAUGUAUUUUAAUUUAUGUAUAGUGGGAAAGUCCUGACUUGCUUCUGGCUUCAUCAGAAGGAAAUAAACACUUGUGUGAGAAGGGGGAAGGAAGAGCACAUUCACCACAAAUGUAGGUACACGCGCGCACACACACACCGGUGAGGUGGCUUAGCCAAGGCAGAGCUAGGGAACGGUGCUUGAUAUUUUAUAGCUUCCCAGAAGAGUCUUGUGCACCGGGCUGGACUGAGCAGAAACUGCCUUAGUAUAGCCUAGCCUGGGGCUUAGCAUCUGUUUUCAUGGAAACAAGUUUUUAGUGAAGAGAGUGCAAAGUUCUCCAGAGGAAAGGGGAGAGCCAGGCUCCCUCCCUUACUGUGUUUUGCAAAGAUACUUCUAAAGGGGAAAAGCAGAGGACGCAGGACCAGUCCCGCCCCCUUCCUAAAUCUGUGGUACUCCUGCACGGGGGAAGGCUGGAAAAACCAGGAUCACAAAGUCAUGGUAACUGUAUAAAUUUUCCUUCAUGGUAGCUGCUCUGCAUGCAAUCGAAGAGCUGACAGUGAUGGGAACCACAGCGAUAGCUGCGUUUCGGUCUGGGAGGCAGCGAGGCCUCCGCAUGCCUCGGCCCCAGCCUCCAGCAAGAAAUUGCUUCUGGGCAUUAAUGCCGGGUCGGCCGGGCCCUGCCGGACCGUGCCGGUGCCCCUGCCUGCGUGCCGGCUCACGCGCUUGGCUGCAGGAAUGAGGAAGAGUGCUCGGGAGAAGGGCUCAGUACUAGCCUUCAAGUCCCGGAGAAAAUACUUCUGUUAGGUUGGACUUAAUCUGCAGAAAUGGACACAGGCCAUGUGCGGCGUGUAUUUCAUUUCAGCGGGGUAUGGUGAAAUGACACCUCCUUGUUUUUCAAGCAAUUAUUUCAUUUUAAAGUAAGUGCAGCAGAAGAGCAGUAAGAUGGUUUGGUUUCAAAUGCCGAGAAGUAUCCACAGGACUGCAGUUCUCCCUGUGCGGCAGUGUCCCAAUAGCAGGCCUCGGGGGGGCUCUGAAUCUGUUUUUUGACUUGGAUCUUUUCCAGCUGGCGCAGGACAAGAUUCAGUGUCUGCACCUUACCAGCUGCCUGGUCAUGGCCUUCCUCUCCCCUCUUGCAGUUUAAGGGAAGCAGAAGUUCAAGUUUCUAAAGCUUAAAAUAAAAAAUGCAGAGCUUUUUGGCAUGCUUUCUCCAGGGAAUAAAGGCAUGCCUCCAUCUUUCUUUUGCAGCUCAGAUUUAAACCACUUUCUAAUUCUCAAGUGGAAGUGUGUGCUCAAGAUGGAAAUGGGAGGCUUAUAGUGUUUCUUUCUAUGACCUAGGAAACAAGAGGAUGAAAGGAUUUGUUCUUGUUUCUUUUUUAAAUUAUUGGUCUUGGGCAUCUUUCUGAAAUUUGUUUCCAUGAUCUGGAAGGGCUGGAGGAGACAAUAAGGGUAUAGGAUAUAGCAUUUUCUCUUUAAAGUAGGAAAUUGCAUGCAAAAAUCUAUGGCAAAAGCUAUUAUUUAUUUUAAACUACUGUAAUUGCUCUUGAAUGCCACUUUUUUUCCCCAGUGGGUUUAUACAAAGAUUAUAUGGGUUAAAAUGUUCUCAGUAAACCUGAAUGUAAUUUAAAUUAAUUUAUGGAGCAAAACUCCAGCAGGAAUUAUGUGCAAUUAAAAAUUGUCAUUUGGCAUGAUUCUGAGAUGUGGACACGUUCCAACUAAUGUAUUACAGGGCCAGAAAACUGUGAUGAGAUUUCAUUAUUACUAUGCAAAGAAGGGGACAUGUUUCGUUUUAAGAAUCAGUUUCUAAUCAAUGUCAUUUUCAGAUUGUGCUUGUGAUAUUUAGGUUGCAAACACCACAGACAAAUGCUUGCUAAAAGAAAAUUCUUUUCACUGGAAUACAAAAAAGUCCCUGGAACCCUUUUCUUUAACAGUGAGGCUUUUUUCUUGCUGUGUUUUUCUUGACACCAAAAAUCUGGGCCAGAUAUAAGCCGUGAAACUUGCACCUGCAAACUGAACUUUCUUGAGUAGAUACUCUAUGAAAUCUGAGGAAAUAAAAAUAAAUGAAGGUGUGGUGGACAGUCAGCAUCUCACGUGAUCCCUGCAGGCUCCAGUUUGGGAUUUUGCUAGACCAGAACCAGCCGGACUCAUUUAGUGCUUGUUCCACUGCUGAUGCACGCUGCAGAAAAAGAUGAAGUAUUAACUGGCCAUGGGCCUGGAAAUGGGAACUUUGGAGGAGAGCUAGGCAAUUUAUUUUUUGCCAUAAAAAUAUCAGGUUGCCUUUGCCAAAUGGUUUCAGCUGGCAAAAAAUAUAUUAAUCUCAGACUGGAUUUCCACAUCUGCCAAUGAUAGGGGCCUGGCGUUCACCUGGGAGGCUUAUUGCCUGCUCCUCACUGUGGCCCAGCUCAGGUUUUGUGUGCAGGGGACCUGGCUCGCCUAAAACCAUAGGAGAAAGGUCAGAGUUUUAGGGGCUUCUCUGAAGAGUGGUUCAAAGAGCUUCUCUCCUUUGAAGCUCUGGUUUCAUGAACUUGAUGAGCUGCUUGAACAAUUCAGUGCUGCUGAAAGUGUCACCCUCUUUCUCCUGGCUGCAAGGUCCUGCACUGCCUCUCUGUGAGCCAGUUCAACACACGAACCCUGCAGAAACCAUCUGCUUUCUUUUUCUUCCUGGGUUUGCUCUGGAAGGUUAGUGAGUGGAGCUGGCCCAUUGGGAGGGUCUGGCUGGAGCAUUUGGUGGGAAGCGGAGGAAAACAAGAGGGAGUGAGACCUCCCUCCCGUAGCAGGGGCAACUAUUACAUUAGCUCUUCCCCUCCUGAGGAGCUGCAUCAUAGAACAGGCAUCCUGCUAAGCUCACCCAUGCGUCAGCACAUCCCAAAUGCAGCAGUUAUUAGCCUUUGGCAAUGCUUAGGUUUUAAGUGUCUGACUUCUGAAGCAAAACCCAGGGUCAGACUUGCCGUGCUGUCUGUGGUGAGAGUUGGGUGACUCCACCUGGGACAGAGAUAGGCAGCCUGUGGCAUGAGGAACAUCCUAAGGUCGGCUAGGAGCACAGAUAUAUGCCUAACGAUACAGCUUGUUCUAAGGACUGAUUCUUUUUCUUUCCAAUGACUGUUUGCUAUGAAGUGCAUAAACAGUGUUGGAAGGAUGGGCUCGGACCAGGUGCCCUCGGCACUGGUCUCAAAGUGGUCUUCCCCUGUGAGCGAGCUCUCCUUCCAACCCACUUGCAGGGAAGCUGGUUGCUUGCAGAGAUAAACGUUGACUGUGAUAACCCUGGGGUACAGAUGAUUAGACUGACCUCUUUUCCAGUUUGCACUUUUGUUACUGUCCUCUGAGGCUCAGCCUUUUUCUUGUUUAAACGUUUUGGAUUUUUAUUGCCUUUGGAGAAAUCAGCUGGACUGUCUUAGUGACUAGUCCAAAGGAGAUACAGGCUAAUUGCCUUAAUUAUUAUUGGAGGGCCAGGUUGGAAGAUUUACAACCUGAGGCCAACCAAGGAGAAAAGAAUAAAGAAAAUUUUAGUUCUCUGGAUUCUCAGGAGUUUGAGAACUCCUGAGCUUGCAAUGUUCCUGGGAUCUCGGACAGAAUCAGAGACAUCAGUGAAUAAAUAGUGACGACAUUUA